GUUGAGCUGGCGAUCCCACCAGCUGCACUACACUCGGCUGGCAUUUUUCUCCGCUGCUGCGGUGGUGAGGCUUGCACCCUUCGGGCGCUUCCGGCAGCUGCGGCAGCGCAUUCCAGUGCGCUGUCGGUCUGUCGUGUCCGAGUUUAGCCAGGCAAGUCUGGAAACGCGGACUGUCAAGGAGCUGAAGAAGAUGUGCAAAGACAGGAAGCUGCAAGUGAAAGGGAAGAAAGGAGAUCUCAUUCAUCGGCUGUUGCAGUUCACCGAAUCGAUGGACCCAGCUGCAUCGGCGAAAUCGGCACACAGAGAGGAAAAGAAUGAGGUGGAUGAACUCUACACCCAAGCGCAACGCGAGCUGCAUAGCCUUCAGGUGAAUGACUUGAGGGAUCUCUGCGAAGAGAGGGGCUUGAGCUCUGAGGGCAGCAAGGUGGAUUUGGUGAAGCGUCUAGCUGCACACCAGGCAUCUAGCAGCCUUGAGCCAAGCGUUGCCGUAGAGAGGUCAGUUCUAAGCCCUGAAGAGCGAAUUACCAAGGCCCUCGCAAGGGACAGUGAGCAAGAUUUGAGACAAGUGGUGCAGGAUAUUUUCGAAGUUGGGCGUCCAAAGCCAGGAGAAAUUGUGACUGGCGUGGUUACCUCCAUUGUUGAGUGGGGUGCAUUUGUGGAGUUGGACAAAGAUGGCUGGUCAGCCUUGAUCCACAUCUCCGAGAUCAGCGAUACCUUCAUCGAAAACAUCGAGGAGUACAUCUGUCCUGGACAGCGUGUUGAGGCUCUUGUGCUUCAAAGUCCCAUUGAUCGGAUGGAUAGGCUCUCGCUGUCCAUCAGGCGGCUCAAGGACCUCCAGAGGUAUGACCCUGAAGCUGUGGCCACGGUCGGAGCAUUGACACCUCUGGCCAGGCGAGACGAGCCAAAUGUGGUGCGAGAAGAAGUCUUCGAAGCUCUUCAGGAGCGUGUGGCUGCUUUGGAGGCCAUCGUCAUUGAGAUGGGCCAUGGUCAGGCCCUACGGGACGCCCGUUCGGAUGCCAGCGCAUCAACCCGCAGGAGCCGUGUUGCUCCGCUGACCGAAAUGCUGAACGACCUGCACGACAAUGGUCCUCCUGAAGAGCCCAUGUCCGUCAAGAAAGAGAAGGCGGCCAUCGACCAGGUGAUUGAAAGUCUCCUAAGUGGCAGUUCAGACGUCUAG